AUGAAAGUGAUUGUUCUUGGAGCGGGUUCAAUUGGAACUCUUUUUGGAACAACUCUUUUAAAAGGCGGUCAUGAGGUUAUAUUCCUUGACGCCUGGCAGCCUCUUAUAUACGCAAUCUCGAAAGAACCUUUCGCUGUCAUAAAACACGAAGAUAAUCUCGAAAAAAUUCCGAUAAAGCUUUACCCAUCACACGAGCCACCACAAUUCGAACCAGAGCUCAUUCUCGUGUCAGUCAAAUCGAUCGCGACAAAGAACGCAAUCCAAAUGAUCAAAUCUAAAGGUUUGAUCAAGGAUAACACAGUUAUUUUGACGUGCCAAGGUGGUUUCGAGAAUGCUGAUAUAAUUGCUAACGAAUUAAAUAACAAACAACUCUUAAUUCACGGAUGUACAAAAAGUCACUGCAAAUCAGUUGGUCCUAUGAAGAUAGAAAACUACCACAUCGGCGAAACAAUUGUUUGGCCAUACAAUCUUCAAUCAGGACAGCCAAUUCCUGAAAAUGUAACAAAAGUUGUUGAAAUUUGCAACCAAUGUGGCCUUCAAAUUACCAUUUCGGAGACGGCAAUUGCAGAAAAAUGGAAGAUGCUCUUAGGAUACCCUACAAUUUACGCUUUAGCUGCUGUUUGCGGGCUGUCAAUCGGAAAUAUCUGGAAUGCAAAUAGAGGUGAAGCAAUUUUGACUAACUUAAUCAAAGAAGUAGUAUCAGUAGCAAAGAAAGAAGGAAUCCGUGAGGAUUUGUUCAACGAAGAAAUUGCCACAAAAUAUAUCGAAACUUUGGCUGAAGAAAAUCCAGAUCAACCAGGUACGAUGCUUCUAGAUGUUGCUGCUCACAGAGUUACCGAGGUAGAUGCUACAAGUGGAGCUCUCCUUCGUAAAGGAGAGAAAUACGGAUUAUCUCUGCCUACAAUUCAAGCUGUCUGGUCUAUUCUUCGCAUUAGAGAAGAAAACUACGGCUACGAAUACGAAAGCAGAUAA